AUUGUGAUGCUCCUUAUCUUAAAUCUCAAGAUUUUACGGCACUUACUAGAAUUGGUACCGGAGGUUCGGCUUCGGUUUAUGCAGCAUAUUGGGACAUUAUUCAAACAAAAUUUGCAAUCAAAACAUUUGACGAAGGUUCAACGGAAGAGCGUAUUAUGAACGAGGUCUUUUUAAUGGGAUUUAUGAGAAAAAGAGAUGAUAUUAUACAUCCAAAUAUAAUAAGAUUUAUUGGAAUUACGAAUUUAACAGAUCAAAAAAAUUAUGAAAUUGUUCUCGAGUUUGCGGAUGGAGGAACAUUAAGACAAUAUUUAAGAAACAACGCCAUUAUCAGAUGGGAAAGACAAUUGAAAUUUGCCAACGACAUCGCGAGUGCACUUUUAUGGUUACAUAAAUAUGACAUUAUACAUCUCGAUCUCCAUUCAAAUAACAUCUUGAUGCAUCAAAAUGAAAUAAAAUUAGCGGAUUUUGGAUGUUCAUGUGAAAGAGAAGUUCCUAUUCCAAAAACAAAUGAUAUAUUUGUUAAGCUUUAUAAAAUAAUUUUGGAGCUUAACAGUAUUAAUGAUCCUAAAAGACAAUUUAAUAAUUAUAAAGAUAGUAAAGAAAAUGAAAAAAGUGAUGAUUCAAAAAAUGACGAUUUUAUUAAUUAUGAUGAUCUUGAUAUCGUAAAAUUUUUGGUUAAUGAUUUUUAG